AUGAACAAUGAGAGAGAAGACCAAGAACCGGCAGCCGCCACGACCUCAGAUUGGCUCGAUGAGUCCAUCGCCUUCCUAGCUGCCAACCUCGACCUCGGCUUUAACGACUAUGGCUGGCUGUCGGCAUCGGAAGCACAGGAGCAGCACGACGUCGGCAGCAUGAUCGUGGAGACGCUACCACCUACUGCUACAACCCUGCACCAUCCAAGCCUGAACCUUGAUACUAGCGUUGCGUCGUCGGCACCGAUGACCUCGCAGCAGGAGCUUGGGCAGCCCAAGAAACGCAAGUCUCCUGGACACAGCAGCAGCCAACGACCCCAUGUUGGCGGCGGCGGAAGAGGCGGCGAUCAGCAAGAAAAGGGGGAAGCGAGCUGCGUCAGGUCGAAGCCGAGCAAGAAGGGGAGUGGCAAGGGCACCGCAGCAAAUUCGGACAGGGAGGCGAGGUGGGCGGAGCAGCUGUUGAACCCGUGCGCGGCCGCCAUCGAAGCGGGCAACCUCCCGCGCACGCAGCACCUGCUGUACGUGCUCAGUGAGCUGGCCUCCUUCUCCGGCGAACCCAACCACCGCCUGGCCGCGCACGGGCUGCGCGCCCUCACGCGACGCCUCCCGCACGCCGUGGGCCAAGCGGCUGCGGCGACCGUGAAGAUGCCAUCUUGCGAGUGCCCGACGCCGGUGUUCUCCGGCGUCGACCCGCGCCUGUUCCGAGCCUCGCUCAUCAGGUUCAACGAGGUCAGCCCAUGGUUUGCCGUGCCGAACGCGCUCGCUAACUCCGCGAUCGCGCAGGCCAGGUCGACGAAGGGUGAGGUGACCGAGCCCCUCCAGGUUCACGUCGUGGACAUCGGUGUCUCGCACGGCGUCCAAUGGCCGACGCUGUUCGAGGCGCUCACCCGCGUGCCCCGGGGCUCCACGCCGCCCUCCGUCCGCCUCACGGUCGCCGGCCCCACGGCCACACCACCCGUGCCCUUCUCCGCAUCACCUCCAGGCUACGACUGCUCACCGCAGCUACUCCGGUACGCCAAGUCCAUCGACCUGGACCUCGGCAUCGUCCAAGCGCCAUGUUUGGACACCUUGCACGGCACUCUCACCCCCGGCGAGACCCUCAUCGUCUGCCUCCAGUUCCGGCUCGGCCUCGCCACCGCCGACGAGCAAGCAGCUAUACUCCGAACGGUCAGGGACCUCAACCCGGAGCUAAUGGUCCUCACUGAGCUGGACGGCGGCGGCGGCCACAGCGAUUACAGCGCAGACAGCGAGUUCGCGGCGAGGCUGGAGCUGCUUUGGAGAUUCCUUGACUCGACGGCGGCGGCGUUCAAGGGGAUGGAUGCGGAUGAGAGGCGGGUGAUGGAAGCGGAGGCCGGGACAGCAUUGGCGCCCACGGCGCGGAGGGGAGCGGCCGUGGGCGGGGGGAGGGAGUCGUGGCGGGCGCGUUUGGCCGCGGCGGGGUUCGAGGAAGCGGCGUUCGGGGGCGAGGCGGUGGAGACGGCGAAGGCGCUGCUGAGGAAGUACGAUGGCGGGUGGGAGCUGGUGCCGCCGUCGUUGUCCGCGGCGGCAGCGGUGGGGCUCCGGUGGAAGGGUCAACCCGUGUCGUUCUGCUCCCUGUGGCGGCCGGCGCAGGCCAGCCCAGAGCUGAUGGGGCGUGGCGCAUAA